AUGUCAGUGAAACGCAAAGCGUUGAAUGGUGAACUGAAGGAGCAGAAUACAGUGGUAACGAGCUUUUCUGAAGUGGAGCCGGAUAAAGAAAAUAUAAAGCCUAUACCACAAGGAAGAUCGGUACAUAAGCUGGCACAGAUAAUACACACUGACAAGGAAACAUUAGAAGAAAGGCAGAAUAAAGAGAGAGCAGCAUUUGAAGAACAAUUAGAGCCGCAUAACUUGGAACUUUUAGAUGAUCCUUUGGAACCCUAUCUGCAGUAUAUAAGAUGGAUAAGGGAGAGCUUUCCAACCGGAAACAACAACUCUGAACUUGUCAAACUUUUGGAAAGGACGACCCACGAUUUCAGAGAUGAUGAAUAUUAUAAAAAUGAAGUCCGUUAUUUUAAAAUUUGGCUAGAAUAUAUACAAUUUAGCGACACGCCAAGAGAGAUAUACCUUUAUCUGUCUAGAAAGAAGAUCGGAAGUAGGUUGAGUCUUUUCUAUGAGAGUUAUGCCUCCUAUUUGGAGCAACAUCACGAGUAUGCGGCCGCACUGGAUGUUUUUAAGAAAGGUGUUGAGGCUCAGGCAAGGCCCAUAGUAAAGUUUAAACGUGUUUUUAGUCAAUUCUUGGAAAGAAAGGCCAGUUGGGAUUCGUCCCACAAUGCUGGGCCUGAUUCAGGAGCUAAUGUUGUGAACAUGGGAAGGCUUAAACAAGAAGUUUUCAAAGUAUUUACAGACGACAAGGAUAAAGAUGAAGAUGAGCCACAUAAUUUCAGAGAUAGUUUUGGUACUAUUAUGAACAAACAGAAAGAAAAUAAGAUACUUCCACAGGCUUUGGAUGGUCAAAAACUUUCUCAAGCAGAAAAUGACGGAUCGCAUGUACAUUCAAAAAGAUCGUUUGAUGUUUACAAGGAUGAUUCGGCUUUGAAAUAUCCCGUCACCAAGACCGUCCAUGUCCCAGGAAAGAAGACAGUCAAAUAUGAUUUUAAUGCGGAUUUAUUUUUUCCGAAGAAUGGUGAACCAAGAACCCUUCUUGAAGUACUAUUCUUGAUGAAAUCCAAUAACGGUAAACAUAAACGUACCUUAAGUGCUUCCUCAAGCAGCGGUCAGGUUCCGAAACAACGCCAUCUUUCUUUGACUCCCUCAUCAAGGAGGGCUUCUAGACUAUCCAGUAGUUUUAUGAUUGGAGCACUAAAUGAUGAAAGUGAUACCACAAAACUAACGCAAUCCCCAACAAUGACGUAUUUUUCUAAACAGGCCAAUAAGGAGAUCCUUCAAAUGUUUAACCAACCGGUUAAAAAUUCUACGAUCGGCUCUGCAAAUGAUAACUCAGAGCUUGAUACUUCAAAUGACUUGAGCAGUUUUGUCACCGAGACUUUGGAUAACAAGAGCCAAUCCACAAAAAUAGCAGAUGGUAAGUUCAAAAAUUUCAAUCUCGAAAGUCCUGAUGGGUUCACCACGUCGUCUUUUACGAAUUCUCCAUUACGAAUCUCUUUGAAUAAAGUAUGCAAUCCAUUUGACCCAAUUGUUCGUGGGAAAAUAAUAAAGGGCGCUCUUCCCCAACUCAGCAAGAGAAGAAAUUACCACCGGUAUAAUAUUGCUAUGAACAGAUUGCCAUCUUUAAUAUCUGCUUUGAAAGAUGGCGCAAUUGGUGAUUUGAAGCAAAUUAACAUGCUUCUUCAACUGAAUGGUGUUACCUACAGGAUUCGUGAUAUUGUUCAGUAUGAUUUCAACUCGGUUAUGUGUGCGUGCCUAUCAUCCGAAGGUAAGGUUUACACAAUUAUUGGAAGAAAUACGGAAGAAUCCGACUGGACAUACUAUGUUCUUACAGAGUUGACAAGAAGAUCGGCAUUCUUUAAGCGCCAGCUGCGAUACUUGGAAUUCUAUAAAUAUGAUGACGAAUCGUACUUACUUAUCCAGUCAUUUCAGUUUAGAUCUGCCCUUAGCAUUUACAAUGCGAUGCUUCUUAAAUGGGGAGAUGCAAACGAAUUUCUUACAGCCUAUUUCACAAUACAGCUUUUGCGUCAAAUGAUCUCUUUUCACAAAUGCAACUUUCUUCAUUGCAAGAUCUUGCCCGAUAACUGUGUCUUCUCUUUUGAAGAAACUUUGAACUCAGGAAUACCAUCAUACCUAGAUAUCAGUAUCAUGAAUCUUACAGAUGCAGUUGAUCUCUCUAAUGCUGGUCCCAUGGAUCGAUUCUACAGCUCGGCCAGAACUGGCCAACCCGAAAGUUUUCUUGAUGAUAAUAACCAAGAGGAUGGUUGGAAGUAUAAUAUUGAUUAUUAUGGGUUGGCAAGCGUCAUUCAUGUUCUAAUUUUUGGCUCGCAAAUGUCCCUUUCCAAUAUUCAUUUUAAAAAGUCUUUUUCUCACCGGUUACCCAAGAAUUGGAGAAAAGAACUAUGGACAGAGCUAGUUGAAGUUUUGUUAAAUUCGGAUGAUGAGGUGACAUCGGCAUUAAAGCACAUAGUAGAAAAGUUUGAGCGGUGGAUAAGAGUCAAAGUGAGUGCUACGGAGUUGGUUAAAUUGAUUGAGCAAUUAUGCCAUUCUCAGUAA